AUGCGCGUUACAUCGUCAUUAUUAUUAGUGGCCUUGGGCUUGGUGAGAUCCACCACUGCUCAUCCCUUUUGGCAAGACGCCGAGACUGUCUUGAGCGCAUCAUCCGUGUCGACGAACCAGCAGAAGGCCGAUGCGGUCAAGGAGGCCUUUCAACAUGCUUGGAAUGGAUACAUGAAAUAUGCUUCCCCACACGAUGAGUUGCACCCGGUGAGCAACGGGUACGGAGACUCCAGGAACGGAUGGGGUGCCUCCGCUGUCGAUGCGCUCUCAACUGCCAUUAUUAUGGGUAACCAGGAUGCGGUCAAUACUAUCCUGGAUCAUAUCAAAUCAAUUGAUUAUAGCAAGACCUCGGAUCAGGUCAGCUUGUUUGAGACGACCAUUCGUUACCUGGCUGGCAUGCUGUCCGGCUAUGAUCUGUUGACCGGCCCAGCUGCGAAUCUGGUCACCGAUUCAGACAGUGUUGAUAGCUUGCUCACGCAGUCUAAGAAUUUGGCCGACGUGCUCAAAUUUGCCUUUGACACACCGUCGGGUGUGCCAUACAACGGUAUUAAUAUUACCUCGCAAGGCAAUGACCAGGCCACAACGAAUGGCCUCGCCGUGACCGGCACUCUGGUACUAGAAUGGACGCGACUGUCUGACCUGCUGGGUGACGACGAGUAUGCCAAUCUCAGCCAAAAGGCCGAGUCGUACCUGUUGAACCCUCAGCCAGCCACCACGGAGCCAUUCCCCGGCCUUGUGGGAAGUCACAUUAGCAUCGAAACUGGAGAAGUCACCGAUGGUUCCGUCAGCUGGAAUGGUGGCGACGACUCCUUCUAUGAGUAUUUAAUCAAAAUGUACGUGUACGACCCUACGCGGUUCAAGACAUAUAAGGACCGCUGGGUGCUUGCCGCAGAGUCGACCAUGAAACAUCUGGUGUCGCACCCGCAGCCCCGUCCAGAAUUGACGUUCCUGUCUUCGUACAACAACGGCAACUAUGAUCUCAGCUCGCAGCAUUUGACCUGUUUCGAUGGCGGAAGCUUUUUACUGGGUGGAAGCGUGUUGGGUCGUCAAGACUUUAUUGACUUUGGUCUCGAGCUUGUGCAUGGCUGCGAGGCUACUUACAACUCGACUUUGACACAUGUAGGUCCUGACUCCUGGGGGUGGGACCCUAAGCGGGUUCCAAGCAACCAGAAAGCCUUUUACGAAAAAGCCGGGUUCUACAUCAACAGUGGUUACUAUGUCUUGCGACCGGAGGUGAUUGAGAGCUUCUACUAUGCGUACCGCAUAACCGGAAACAGCGUUUACCGUGACUGGGUGUGGAACGCAUUUGUGGCCAUCAAUGCUACUUGCCGUACCGAUUCGGGCUUUGCAGCUGUUACCAAUGUGAACGCUGCCAACGGCGGCUCGAAGGAUGACAAUCAGGAGAGCUUUCUGUUUGCCGAGGUCCUGAAGUACUCGUACCUGGCCCAUGCUGAAGAUGCCGAAUGGCAGAUCCAGGAGGGUGAUAAGAACACCUUUGUGUUCAACACCGAGGCUCACCCCAUGCGUGUGAAGCAUACCUAGUGUU